AUGUACCGCUACGUGGGCCUCGGAGUUUGGUUGUUCAUCUCGACCUUCAUGGUCCUGGACCGCUUCUACUGGAACGUGUGGCCGAGGCAAUCCAUUUGCACAGAUGGCUGUGGGGGUGAUUUCUUCUGUGACAUGGACGACGUCGGCCUCAUGGCGAGCAACGUUGACGUGCAGAACAAACUCGCCAACUGGGGAUAUGACGACGUCUGGCGCCUCAUAUGGAUGACGCUAAUUUUCUGCGUCCUGACGCCACUGUCCCGCUCAGUGUGGGCGCUCAAGAAGAACUUCUCGCUCGCAAUGUGGCUUCACAUCGGUGUGGGAAUGGGAUACUUCUUCGAUAACUGGAGGCGCAGGACACACCCGCACGUCUGGAUCCUCAACACUCCCGUGGUGUUGUGGUACAUUGCCGACAAAAUCUGGUGCUGCACGGAGGGCAGGGUCAACCACCGUGCUGAAACAACGCGCAUCAAGCUAGACGAGGACUACAUGCUGCUGCUGUGGAACGAAGACCAGCCAAAGAGCAUUUGCGAUAUUUUUUGGCUCAAGCACAGCGACAGAGACAGCAAAGGUAGUCGCCGAACGGGAGAAGUGGCUCACCCCUUCACCACCUGUUCUUCCCACGAUACUGCCGUCGGGCACACAUCCCCUGAGGCGGGAAUUUCCACAGUGGGCUCUCCCGGGCGCCCCAACAUCGAGGUUCCCCUCGAGACCGACGUGAACUGGAAAGGACAUCGCUUCUUGCUGACCAGCGGCAUUUCUCAACGUUCAAAUGCUCUAGAGUCUACCCUCCGCAGCUCGCGCGCCUUCUACGGCACCAGCGACCUGUCGGUGGCCAUCAAAGGCGAUGGGGUUGUUGUGCAGCCUCGUGGCGGGGGCAAGGGCGCAUCAAGAAAUGUCGAGGCGGGCGCAUCUACGAAGUGGCAGAUGACCAACUUCGAAUCCUUGUACGCCGCCUCCAGCGGUGCAUUCAGCGAACACUUUCCGGUUGACGAUUCAGGCCAUGAGCUCGCCACGAAGGAAUAUCAUGUUGACCUCGCUGAUCUCGACGAGGAAGGCAUCGAAGCAGAGGAAGAGACCAUGAUCGGAGUAAACGCGGACGACUCCCAGGACGAGGUUGCAGUCGUCGUAGGGACGCUCAAGGCGAAGGCGAACCUUAUGGGAGGUGGGGAGUUUUCCCCCUUCAUUCCCGUCCUCACCGUAAACGGGUGGUAG